CCCCUGCCGCCUAGGGAAAGGAAUCAGUUGGGCCUCCGGGUGCGUGGCCAUGGCCUUUACGUUGUACUCGCUGCUGCAGGCGGCCCUUCUCUGGAUUAAUGCCAUCGCCGUGCUUCACGAGGAGAGCUUCCUCAAGAACAUUGGCUGGGGAACAGACCAGGGAAUUGGAGGAUUCGGAGAAGAGCCAGGAAUUAAAUCUCAGCUAAUGAACCUUAUUCGAUCUGUAAGAACCGUGAUGAGAGUGCCAUUGAUAAUAGUAAACUCAAUUGCAAUUGUAUUACUUUUACUAUUUGGGUGAAGAUCAGUGGGGGAAAUGGAGACUCCGAAGAAGAGCUGUCAGCAGAAGUUAUUACUUCAGUCUUUGUUGAAGUAUACAUAUCUUAGCUGGCUGUCCUUGGACUUGACAAAAAUGUAAACCUGACAAUAAAACCAGAGUCUCUAUUUAUCUGAUUAUUUAAACUGUUGCACUUACAGUUUUAUUGUAAAAAGAUCAGAUCAUCAGAGGCCAUAACUAUCGAGGAUUGGAAUACAUUUGAUUGCUGACUGCUGAUAAAAGUUCAUGCUAUGGAAAAGAUUGUUAAAAGGGUGCAGGAAUGUCACUUCUGUGUUUUUAGAGAUUUCUCUCUUUGACUUCUCAGGGAUGAAUUUUUUUUUCAAAGUUCUUGUAACUUAGUUAUGAUGUGAGAACGAUUAUCCUCCUAGAUAAAAUUUAAAGGAUUUUUAAAAUGUAAAAUAUUAGGUAAUUUGGAUUGUUUUAUCUUGAACUCGUUGGUUAAGUAUUUUGUCUGUAUACUGUCUCAGCUAUGAAAAAUUCAAAUACAUAGUAACUAUUGAGGAGCAAUACUCUGAUUUCUGGGAGAGUUCUAAUUUUGUUAAGUCGGAUAGU